AUGGGGCCUUCUCUUCUCUCCAAAACUCUGCAAGGCCUCGCAGUCACUAGCCUGGGAAGCGUCGGUGCUUUUUUCGUAUGGACGAAACACUGCCAUUUCAGCGAAGCGAACGAUUUUUCGCCCACGACCGAGCCUCUGUUCCAGAGCAAAUGGUUCAAGAAGUACAAUCCGCACGCAAAUGGUACCAUGCACGAUGAAUGCGUCCGUCGACUCCCUUUGUUUAAGAUCCGACCGGAGCUCAUCGAGGAUGCACAGAAGGGCGGUUCGAAGCUGGUCGAGGCGUUCAGCCAGGGCGUUUGGGGAACAUUUGGCUACGCAAUUCAACGGAAACUCUUAGAAUCAAAGUACGGCAACGACGCGACGACCGCACACCAACUCUGGACGUCGAAGGAGCUAUUGGCGUCAACAUACGAACCCGGGACAGAGCUGACGAACCAUUUUGUCGUCCUCGACAAGACACCUACAUCCAUUUUGUUUCGAUGUGGCGAUUCGCCGCUGCACAGUCCGGACACUUCACGACCAAGUGAUGGUCUCUUUGAAAUCUGUGCAAAAGCAGAUCUCGAUAAAGGGUUUGCCGAGUUCAGGCUCAAGAGUGUCUUUUACCAGGGCGAAGGUGAUGUUCCCGAUAAGUCGAAAGGACCCAUGCCGCCGCAUUUGGUUUAUUUGCAUCAGCUGUACACCAAGUUGUUGAUGGAGAGUGCCAUGGGGCAUGUGAAGUAG